UUCCCCCUUUUUAAAGACGUCCCCGACAUUUCUCUACAUUGGGUGUUCAUUUUCUAGGUUCUAAUCGUCUUUGUCGUAAUACAGAUUUGCUUAUGAUUGUUCAAUAAAUGUUGGAAAGUCACUUGCCCAUGGAAAGGUAGCUAUAUAAAUGAACAUCCUUUUGUCACCUGGUGUUACAGAAGAUAGCCAUGGUCCUAACGAAUAGAAACCAUAUAUGACAUUAUGGCUGUAUGACCUUAUAGUAGACGAGAUCCCAAAAGCCAGACUUUCAGAAGUACGAUGCUUCGUCUGACAAUGUCAAGACAGAAUAACCGCUAAGCACGUUCAGGCAUUAAAACAGUUUUGAUUAUUUCCAAGUGCUGAGGAAUUAAGUGAGAUGUCGUGCUAACACUAGCGGUGGGACCAUGGGAAACACCAGCAGCGAGAGAGGCAGCUUGGGGCACGGCGACAAAGCCCACCGGCGUGACAGCCGCGGCCAUAAGGAGGGCGACAGGCCCAAGAUCCUGACGGACAGCACCGAGGACGCCUUUAUCUUUCAAGGGGUGGACAUCAAGGCUCCAGCAGAGAAAGACGAGUACCUCGCCUGGCAACAGGACCUGGAGGCUAACGACAGGGGUCCCGCUCAAGCACGACCCACCGUGUUCCGCUGGACUGGCACCGGCAAAGAAGUAUUCCUGUCCGGAUCCUUCAACAACUGGGCAAAUAAGAUCCCCUUGAACAAAAGCCAGAAUAACUUUGUGGCCAUAGUGGAUUUGCCUGAAGGGGAACAUCAGUACAAGUUUUAUGUCGAUGGGCAGUGGACCCAUGACCCGAAAGAGCCUGUUGUAACCAACCAUCUUGGAACUGUCAACAACCUCAUCCAAGUGAAGAAGACUGACUUUGAGGUGUUUGAUGCACUUAUGGUGGACUCUCAGAAGUGCUCGGAUGUUUCCGAGCUAUCCAGUUCCCCCCCGGGGCCAUACCAGCAGGAAGCCUACGUGUCCAAGCCUGAGGAGAAGUUCAAGUCUCCCCCCAUCCUCCCGCCUCACCUGCUUCAAGUCAUCCUCAACAAAGACACUGGCAUCUCUUGUGACCCCGCCCUGCUGCCAGAGCCCAAUCACGUGAUGCUCAAUCACCUGUAUGCCCUCUCCAUCAAGGAUGGCGUCAUGGUUCUGAGUGCCACUCACCGCUACAAGAAGAAGUACGUCACCACCCUGCUGUACAAGCCUAUAUGACCCGUGGCAUGUGCCGCGGAAGCAGCCUCUACGUUCUCUUACUUUUUACUUCCAGUUUCGUUCAGUAUGGAUAAUUAGACCUUUGUUAUUUAUCUGUUCUUCGUUAUGUGCCGACACCAAACGACUGCCUGCCUGUCUUUCGCGUCGUUCAUGUAUCACCUGACUGAGAGGUGGGCAGCGGGGGUAGGAAUGACACUGGGCACAUGUUGUGGGACUACAAGCCAAUCAGAUGAGUGCACUGCCUCCCUGACCUUCUGUAACUCCCAGCCCAAAAUGUCCCAUCCUCUGCUGACUCUUCAGUGGUGUUUGGUGUAUGAAGUUUCCUUGAUAUCUGUACACAGUAGCUGACAAUAGUGGAAAGGGAGUCACAUUGCACGAGGGGGGGGGGGGGGGGGGGGGGGUGAAAACAAAGCAGCCUUUUCAGCACUGACACGAUGGAAAACGCAUGGGGUCACGUCCCGAAAAGGGCGGCCACUGGGUGGGUGUUGGGUCGGGUCCCCUGAAAGCAGCACCAGUUAGGAAUGGGGCACAGGAAUGGGGAUGAGCCGCCCCCACCCACCCACCCAUACACACACAUUCCAGGGUUCCUUUCUCACUAUCAUCCAGGUGCCUUAAUUUUGCUGUCCCACAGCUGGGGGCUUCCACAGUGAAGUAGUCAGAUCCAUCAUGUUUUAUCCAGAGUGACACCAGGCAGGCAGUAGGUUGUGGCCCCAGGUAGAGCAUGCUAGAUGGUGUAGGGGGACCUGAAAGGGAGAAACCAAAUGUGCCUGGGGGGUGGGGGGUGACCAUCUUUUGUAUUGUCUAUAACUAUGCAGUGUUCAAAAUGAAUGGUCUUUUGUAAAUUUGUAAGGUGCUUAAGGGGUAAUAGUGAAUGUACUGUACUGUUUGUGUUCUUCACAUUUCAUGGUGGAGUAAAUGAAUAUUCUAAUUAAUACUUGUAUUAAAUCACUGACACCAUCA